CCACAAUUCCUUUUCCUCUUCCCUAUGUGACUCGCCGCCAUGAAGGUUGAGUUGUGCAGUUUCAGUGGGUACAAAAUUUACCCCGGCCACGGCCGGCGGUAUGCCAGAAUCGACGGAAAGGUGUUCCAGUUUCUGAAUGCAAAAUGCGAGUCUGCUUUCCUGACCAAAAGGAACCCCCGGCAGAUCAACUGGACAGUUCUGUAUAGACGCAAGCACAAGAAGGGCCAGUCUGAAGAGGUGACGAAGAAACGCACCCGCCGUGCUGUUAAAUUCCAAAGGGCCAUCACUGGAGCCUCUCUGGCUGAGAUCCUCGCCAAGAGGAAUCAGAAACCUGAGGUGCGCAAGGCCCAGAGAGAGCAGGCCAUCAGAGCGGCUAAGGAGGCUAAGAAGGCAAAGCAGGCAAGCAAGAAGCUGUCCACUCAGAGUACCAAGGCCCCUGCCAAGGCUGCACUCAAACAGAAGAUUGCCAAGCCUAUGAAGGUCAGCGCUCCUCGUGUUGGUGGCAAACGUUAAUUUUGUCUCCUGUUAUGUAAUUAAAAAUGAUACAGUACGAUC